UCUACCAACCAGCUUUUCGUUGACAUUGAAGCUAUGAUUAAUAUUGUUUGGUUCCACAAACUCAAAAACAUGCCCUUAAGAGUUUUGGUGUUGUUGGCAUGCCAAUGUCUUUUUGAAAAUUCUUAACAUCAGCUUUUGCUCCUGCUCACUAGAAAACGUAGUUUUUCUCCCUAAAGACUAUUUUGGGAUCCUGUACUUAAGUAAUUUCGUAGAGUUCUACGUGAAAUUUUGUAUUUUAUGGCAGCCUCUCUUUGCGAUAAUCCAUUUUAAACAGCUUGGAGAGCCUCCUGCAAUUGACCUUCUGUCCAAUUAGUUCUACUUUUUCCAUUAGCAGUUGCUAUUUCCAAAGACAAUAAUUGAAAACUAAAAGUAUAUGUAACAUUGCAUGCCAUACUGCUGCUGCUUGUAUUAUCAAAACUUGUGUUUGUAACCUCACGUUUAACAGUGAUACUGUUCAAAACUGUUCAGAUGUUUGUGAAAAUAAAUGCUAUCCUGAUUCUACUUGCAUCAGCAAAACUUGCACUUGUAAAAGAGAUUUAAUUGGUACUUCAUUUGAUGACUGUUCUGGUACGUGCUAUUUGUACAAACACCUGCCCAACAAAUGCUAGUUGCAUUGUUACAACUUGUAAUUGUAAAGUUGGAGUUGCUGGUAAUGACAUUAGUAAUUGCUCAGCAAAUGAUUGUAAAAUUAAUUGUCACCCUGAUGCUAUUUGUAAUAAUAGUAUUUGCGUUUGUAAAAAAGGUUUUGUUGGUGAUGGUGUAAAUAAAUGUUCAGUUUUUAGUUGUGCAUUAGCUGACCUAACUGUAAUGAGUAAGCAAUGGAAUAAUCAGUUCUCCAACAAAUCAAGUGAAGUAUUUACCGAAAUGAAAAAUCAAUUGUUUAAUAAUCUCAGAAAUAGUUUUUUAUCUACCAAAUUUUCAGAAGAAUUAAUUUUACAUGUAGAAUUUUAUAGCAGAAAUCUGAAACUUGGAGCAUUAGUCCAAUUCUCCUAUAGAGUUCUGGUUGAAAAUCGUGUUGAGAAAUGUAGAGUGCUUAUAAAUCUAAAUUUGGAUGCCAAAUAUUUUGUUAAUUCUUUAAAAUCUUGUGACUGUUGUAUUGAACAGACUGUUGGAGAAGACAGUUACACUGGAAUAUAUAAUUUUCCAGUGACUUUAAGAGAUGAUGUUCAUGUUUCUCUCUGUGUAUAUAAUGCAAGUAUUCAAUUUCAAAGACGAUGUUUGUUUGUUAGUAAUUUUGCUAUUCCUGAGUGGGAACCUGCUAUUCUUUCGAAUUGUCCUUCAAAAUCUGAAAUAUCCCAGAAACUCAUCAACUUGGAAAACAUUAAUGUCACAACAUCAAACAUUUUAAAUGUUACAUAUUACUUAAAUGACAUAGUUCAAAAUGGUAACCUAUCAAGCAUAUAUGAUGUUCAAAUGAUUUCAAGUAUUAUAAAACAGAUUAUAAAUGUGAACUUCUCAUCAGAAAAGGUUACCCAUGGUAUUUUGUCAUCUAUAGAUGCUUUAAUAACUUCAAAUACAAGUUUAAUUAAGAGCGCAAACCAGAAGUUUAAUUUGUCUGCUGUUUUUUUAUCAUUAAUUGAUGUUUUGGGGAAACAACAAACCACAAAUGUUACUAUGUCACUGAAAAACUUGGGAAUGGCUUCAUACAUUACCAAACAAAAAAAAAACUCAAUAUUUAUUUUUUCAAUGGAAAAUGAAUCUAGUGUUGGUGUAAAUAUAUCUAGUGAUAAUUUCAAGUCUACAUCAGAUAUAAAAGACUACAUAAUUCUUCCUUCUUCAUUAUUUAUUGAACAUAAUGAAACUCAAAUUUACUCUUUUAUAUAUAGAACAAAAGCAUUUUUCAGGGAACAAGUAGGAGUUAUAGAUAGUGUGAUACUGUCAGUCUCAGUAAAUGGUAUAAAAGUGGAAAACUUAAGCAAUCCAAUAUUGAUGAAGUUUUCCAGUAAAUCUACUAUUUCUGGCAAAAGAAAUUGUCAAUUCUACAUGGUGGAAGAACAAAACUGGACUACUGAUGGUUGCAACACUACUGGCAAUCCAACUUCAGAAAUCUUUUGCCAAUGCAACCACCUUACAAACUUUGCAAUAUUGCUAGAUGUUGAUCAAUCAAACAAUAACCCUCUGAUCCUUAGUAUUGUUACAUGGGUUGGGUGUGCUAUUUCAAUUGCUGGAUUAUUUAUUACUAUUGUUAGUUAUUCUGCUUUUGCUGAAUUGAGAAAGAAACUUGCUCCAAAAAUUCUGAUUAUUUUAUGUGUGAAUUUAUUGUGCACACUUGUUAUAUUUCUUGGAUUGGUAGAACGUACAAAACCUCGUGGUUUGUGCAUGGCUGUUUCUUCACUGUUGCAAUUUUUCAUUUUAUCAUCAUUCUUUUGGAUGGCAGUCGAAGGAUUCAAUUUAUACAGAAUGGUUGUGAAAGUAUUUAACACAUCUAGCUCUUACAUAUUUCUCCUUAAAUCAUCUGCAUUUGGUUGGGGUUUACCAUUCGGUAUUACUAUAAUUACAUCUGUUAGUAAACCUGAGUACCUAGGUCCUUCAUCUGAUAAUGAUGCUAAAAUAUGUGUUGUUCGAGGUUUUCCGUUUUACUUGGGUAUCCUUUUACCUGUCUGCUUGGUAAUGGUAUCUAAUAUUUUUAUUCUUAUAUCAGUUCUUAGAACUAUUAAUCGUAACUCCGACCUUCAUAACAACAAUAAAAACAAAAAGAAAGUUCGAAUUGUUUUUACGUGCUCUUUAUUACUUGGUACAACUUGGUUAUUUGCAGUUUUAGCUGUCGGAAAAGCAAGAGACAUAUUUCAAUGGUUGUUUUGCAUUUUUAAUUCUUUACAAGGGCUAUUUAUUUUCUUUUUCUACACUGUUGAGAACAAAAAAGUUAAAGAACAAUGGAUGUUAUUUAUGUGGGGAAAAUUAAGAAGAAAAAAGACAAAAAAGACAACGGUAAACUCAAAGAUGCGAACAAUUUCACAAACUACAACUAUCUCUUACUUUACAAAUUCUAAGGAAAGAUUCAAUAAUAUGUGCGUUGAUUCUAAAGAUGCAAAGUUGUAGACCAUAUAAUUUGGCUAAUUAUUGGUUCAUAGACGUUUGCAGAGGUUUUUGAAGAUCUAAAAUUUAAAUCUUUUAAUGUUCUCAACCCUUUUUUAGUCGCUAAGCUCAAAUGCUUGAUUUUAAACAUUUAAACAUCACGUUUUUACGUUCUGUUCAUUUGUGACCGUGUAAAUAGAAAUAAUCGAUCAAUGAAAAAUAACUGGGUUUGUUUA